ACGAGUUUUAAGUGUCGCCGGUGAUGAGGUAUUUGAUUUUGGAUGAAAAAGGAAUUGAAAUACCGGAAUCCAUCCCUACGGGUAACAAAGUGAGAAUCCCGUGUUACUCAGCCAAUGAGACGCCACCUGUAAUUCAUUUUGCCCAAUCAAGUCACGCCACGUGGAUCCCCGACGUGGCUCUGACCCAACGUCUCUCCAUAUAUCGUUGAUCGAUUCACCGCAGCAUCGUCGUCAGUUUAGGAGAAAUCGGAAGAGCCAUCCGGUUGGCUUCGAUACUCCGUCAAACUAUUGCUUCUUUCUCUCCGACGAUCGGACUUCGGCGCAAUAGCAGGCAAGCUUGGGUGGGAGGAAGUUAUUUAAUCCGGUGACAUAAUUAUGGAGGGCCACGGCUCCGGACUCCGCCGCGUUCUCGUCCUAGCUUUCUGCGUCGCCGGUAUUUGGUCUGCCUAUAUCUAUCAAGGCGUUCUUCAAGAGACUGUAUCAACGAAACAUUUUGGUCCGGACAAAAAGAGGUUUGAACAUUUGGCUUUCUUAAACCUGGCGCAAAAUGUGAUUUGCUUGAUAUGGUCCUUUUUGAUGAUACAGAUUUGGUCUAAUGGAAGUAGCAGUGGAGCUCCUUGGUGGAGCUACUGGGGUGCUGGCAUUACAAAUACUAUUGGUCCCGCAAUGGGGAUUGAGGCCCUAAAAUACAUCAGCUACCCUGCGCAGGUUUUAGCAAAAUCUUCAAAAAUGAUUCCUGUAAUGUUAAUGGGUACACUUGUAUAUGGCAUUCGGUAUACACUUCCUGAGUAUAUAUGUACACUACUUGUUGCUGGUGGAGUAUCAACUUUUGCACUUUCCAAGACUAGCUCAAAAACCAUAAGCAAACUGGCUCAUCCGAACGCUCCACUUGGAUAUGGACUGUGUUUUUUGAAUCUUGCAUUUGAUGGAUUCACCAAUGCUACUCAGGAUUCCAUUGCUGUAAGAUAUCCCAAGACGAGUGCAUGGGAUAUAAUGUUGGGGAUGAAUCUAUGGGGCACAAUGUACAACAUGAUAUUCAUGUUCGGUUGGUCUAACGCAAGCGGGUAUGAGGCGGUUCAGUUCUGCAGGCAGCACCCAGAGGCGGCAUGGGACAUUUUCAUGUACUGUCUUUGUGGUGCAGUCGGACAAAACUUUAUUUUCCUAACCAUUAGCCGGUUCGGUUCCCUAACAAACACAACCAUAACGACGACUCGCAAGUUUGUUAGCAUAGUCAUUUCCUCAUUGCUGAGUGGGAAUCCCCUCUCUAGCAAACAAUGGUCAAGCGUUGCUAUGGUCUUCUCAGGGUUGUCAUACCAAAUUUACUUGAAGUGGAUGAGACGACAGAGGUUGCAAAAGAAAAGGAAGUCCACAUGAUUUUCUUUCUUUCAUAGUAGUUACAGAGUCUAUAGAGUCUGCCACAUUAGUGUUUUUUGUCAAGGAAGUUGAAUUGCAAUGUUGGAAUUUGUAGUGGCCCCAAUUGGUAAAAAAGCUGAUCAUGGAUAGUAAAUGUUAACUCACGAUUUCUGCAUAGAACCAUUUUUUCCUUUUUCUCUGUG